AGUAGCCGGACUGCCCUAACAAGCCAAAGCAAUGUUGAACGCUGAUAUAAACGGUUGUAAGUACUAAAUAUUGUACAAAGUUUUUUUGUUGGAUUCUCCCAGUGAGUGAUCUAGACCACGGAGGAUGAAUGGACAGAGCGUGGCGCAGAGGGCUGGGGUGUGGCUGCGCUCCACCUGGAAUGUGCAGGCACCCAAUGCCUGGCUGGAGGCCUGUGUGGAGUGGCUGCAGCAAGAGGGUGGGGGCUCUGUCCCUCAGGCGCGGCUGAACCCGCAGGUCCUGGAGCAGUGGCUGCUCACAGACCUUCGGGACCUGUCGCACCCCAUGCUCCCGGCUCACCUGUCCCAGGCCCUGAAGGCCGAGCUGAGCGGCUCCUACUGCCUGCAGGUGGACUCCCUGCUGGACGUCAGCCAGCCCGCCUACGUGCAGCUGCAGCAGUGGCGGGGGGUGGACCGUACCAACGAGCAGGUGUCUGCGGUGACCCAGGCCUCUCAGCGGCCGUGGGAGGCCACGCCUACUCGCAUGCUGAUGCUGAAGGUGACAGAUGGGGUGCAGGACCUGGAGGCGAUGGAGUACCGGCCUAUCCCCGCACUUAGCGCCAGCCUUCCGCCUGGCACCAAGAUCCUUGUCCAGGGGACAGUAGCGUGUCGGCUGGGCGUGCUCUUGCUGAAGCCGGAGAACGUGCGGGUGCUGGGUGGGGAGGUGGAGGAGCUGAAGGGACAGAACUUCCAGGGCAGGGUGCUGUGCAGGGUGCUGGGCCUGCCAGAGGAGGCCCCCCAAGGGGGCGGGGCACCGCAUCGUGGAGACGAAGGCCCGUCAGACGAGGAGCUGCUGGCCAGCCUGCAGGAGGAUGAGCAGAUGAUGGCAAGAGUGGAGGCAGUGCCGGACAGCGGCUAUGGCAGCAGGAGUGAGGUUUCAGACGGCUCACUCCAACACAUCGCUUCGCAGAGGCAUCAUUCGCUCCACAGCGUCCCAGUGGCACAGACACCAUCAGACUCCGCCACGGACGGCCUGGUCACACUGGAGAUUUUGGACGAAGAAUUUGAGGAUAUUCCUCUAGAGGAGCUUGACCGGGUCAUUGCCCUGCAGGAACAACCUCCUGAGCUCGGCCCUGCCCAGGGGGCGGGGUGUCCGCACGAGGAGGUGGUGUCUGGGGCGGGGCAUCCUCGUGGGGAGGUGGAAUCUGCGGCAGCGAUCAGUGGAGGGGGGCAAAGAGGGAGCAACAUUGAAAAGAAGGUCUUUGUCAAACCUGACAAUGGAGGAGUUGCUUUCACCCUGCAGCCAGUAAACAACGCUGCCCAGAACAGAGGCCUCUUGCAUCACCCGCAUGUUGCAGAGGAUGUGACAGCUCUCCCACAGGAGGAGGCGUGCCACUCAGGGUCCCCAGCACUUCAGCUAUCUCGCACCUCUGUCUCGGAAAGGGCGCCUGGCGUAGCAGGUGGGGCACGUGGAGACUCAGCAGAUGGUGGGCGGAGUCCUGCCAUCAGUGUGGAGCUGAACACGCCUCCCUUCACCUACCUGUCAGUGCUGCUGAGGGAGAACCUGGCCGGCGCCACGGUGGUGCGAUUGAAAGCCUUUAUCUUCACGCUCACUGGGAGCCUCCAGAGCAGCAGCGGGGUCUGGCAGGUUAAAGCCACCAUCUCAGACGGCACGGGCUACCUUGACGUCUGCCUCUCGGACGAGGUUCUGGUGGGCUUGAUCGGCUUCUCGGUGGCCGAGUCGAAAUCUCUGAAGAAAGACGCGUCUGAGCGGCACCGCGUGACCGAGGGGCUGCAGCGCUGCCAGAGAGAGCUGGUGGACAUGUGCUGCCUGAUGACGGUGCGGUUUGACCCCACAGGGCCCAGUGCGGAGGUCCUGCAUGUGGAUCAGGUCACAGAGGAGAACUGCAGCGGUCUGGAGAGGCGCGUCUCCAGUUGGACAAGACGCUGAAGCCUGAACAACACACACACUCUAAACCUUAUUAUCGUGCACACAGGGAAUCGCUAUAUUUUUAUAAUUUAGGGCAAACAUACAGCUAAAGUUUUGUCAUAUGCUCAAAAUGUUUGCACCUGAGAAUAAAUGAAGACAGAAUUUUAUUUUGUGUGUUUUAAUCUCAGGAA